UAGCACUAGACAGCUUGUUGUCUUACCCAGCAUAGAAGAAUCUAACAUCCUAGCUGAAAACGACAAGUCUAAGAGGGCCAUGUACUGUAUCGGACACGACUCUGUUCAGGAUCAAUAUAAAGUGUUUUGCACAGUUUCAAAACGUGGGGAGAGAUUUGGGAACUUAGUAACAUGGGUGUCAGAGCAUUGGGUCUUGCUACUAGGAGGCGAUCAUAAAUCAAGUCGAUGGAGAAAUAUUCCAAGUAGUUGUCCACCACAUCGUCCUUUGACACGGUAUAAUACGAUCAAUAUCAAUGGCCGUAUGCUUUAUUACCUCGCUAGGACGCAUUUGUCUAGGUGCGUGCUG